AUGCCAUGUGGUUUGCGCUCUGAGGACAAGACUCCCUUGGCUGAACUUCUGUCCAAAGACAAGGGCUGCUUCAGAAGCGUGGCAGUGCUGAGUGGUGAGCCCUGGAGCUUUGCCUGGGCGCAGCACUUCCGAUGCAAUGUGCAAGAGGGUCGUUUGGUGCUGCGCUUCGUCGAGCUUUUUAUGCAGCGCAAUUUCGUCGAACAGAGCACCAAUGUUAGUGACCCAGAUGCACCAGCCAAGGUGUGCCUCAAAGGAAAUCCACAGCUUCUGAAGCCGCUGGAACUUUGUAACCUCCGAGGCCGUCCAGUGCAGCUGAAGGUUGCCCCAACUGCAGUCGAUAUGGCCCAAUGUGAUGCUUUUUUGACGCUACCCAGUACGACUCUGACUGGCACGGAGUUUUGGUUGCGAGAGUCCAGCUCGCUGGUGGAGAUCCUUCCAAACAACAAAAGGCCAAGACCUGUGAUGGAAAACUUGGCGCUUCUCACUGGUGCCAAGCGUUUCACGCUUCGUAGCCUGCAGUCAAAGGACGAUGAGCUCAAUCAGUUUGAUGAUUUCAACGAGAACGUGUUGGAAGCAGAGCGGGCCAUCUUGGCGUUGAAUCGUGCCGGCUUUGACGCCGUGGAUGGCUCUUUGGACGACGGCAUUGCAGGUGUGGGCGAUUUGGAAGGCUGUGAGGAAUUCUAUAAUCCCAAAGACGGUUGGAAAGAAGGCUGGCGAGACGUUGCGCGAAGCUUGAAGUUGGCCAGGAAAGGUGAAAGCAUCGGUGUGACGAAGCGUGAAAGACAUAAUGUUGAGGUGAGUGACGAUAUUGACGAUGACUCAGAGGGUGAUACCGGUCAGACAGCAAUCUCUGAAGAGGAUUCAGAAGCAGAGGACACGGAUAGCACAGAAUCUGACUCUGCAGAAGAUGAAGCCUAAAGUGCUGCAUGCGAGAUGCAAAUGCUAUUACGAUGUUUGGCGAUCUGUGUCCAUCUGUGACAAUUUGUGACGAUCUGUGAUCGGGCUUGAAUCCUGAACUCAUUGCAGUGGAGAACUUGCUUCACUAGCA